UUUUAGUCGCUCACUGCCCUUUAAACCUCGGCUCCAACCUAAAACCCAAUUCCCAUUUCUUCGUCCCAAUUUCCAAAUACAGACAACAAUCUGACAGCGAAAUCAAAUCCACGACGCACCCCAUACAUGAAUGGCUAGCAAUUCCUUCAAACGAAUAAUGGCCUACACGUCCUCCUCCCUUCGCUCUUUUCACUCCACUGCUCACCGGACUUUGUCCUCUCCCUGUUCGCCGCCGGCGCGGCCGUCGUUCGUACUCUUUAGUAGCAGAGCGAGUGAUAGGUUUAGGAACGGAUUGAGCAAUUAUUUAUCAUGGAGUGUUGCGGCUCCGAGAGCAUUCAUGUCAUCAAGCGUCAACACUGAUGCUGUUCGUGAAAGUAAAGGGUCAAAAGAAUAUGGGUCCGAACAGAUUCAGGUUUUGGAAGGGUUAGAUCCUGUAAGAAAACGGCCUGGCAUGUACAUUGGGAGUACGGGAUCUCGUGGUUUGCAUCAUUUGGUUUAUGAAAUCUUGGAUAAUGCGAUUGAUGAAGCGCAAGCAGGAUUUGCUUCAAAAAUUGAUGUUGUUCUUCUUGCAGACAAUUCCGUGUGUGUCACUGACGAUGGCCGGGGGAUCCCAACCGACUUGCAUCCAGCAACAAAAAAGUCUGCUUUGGAGACUGUGUUGACGGUUUUGCAUGCAGGUGGAAAAUUUGGUGGUUCCAGUAGUGGUUAUAGCGUAUCUGGUGGAUUGCAUGGUGUUGGUCUAUCGGUUGUUAAUGCCCUGUCGGAGACACUUGAAGUUACGGUGUGGCGAAAUGGUAAAGAGUAUAAGCAGACAUAUUCCCGUGGAAAGCCUGUGACCAAUUUAGUCUCGAGGACACUUCCAGCAGCUACAAAAGACCGUCAAGGGACUCGUAUACACUUUUGGCCAGACAAAGAAGUAUUCUCUACAGAAAUUGAGUUUGACUACGACACAAUAUCUGGAAGAAUCAGGGAGCUUGCUUUUCUCAACCCUGAGGUUGCUAUUAAUGUUGAGAAGGAGGAUGAUAACCCAGAGAAGAGACUCCAUAAUGAAUAUCGAUAUGCCGGUGGAUUGAUUGAAUACGUGAAGUGGCUUAAUGCAGAUAAGAAACCUAUUCAUGAUGUUGUGGGAUUUAGGAAAGAAGCAGGUGGAAUCUCAAUUGAUCUAGCACUUCAAUGGUGUUCGGAUGCUUAUUCAGAUACAAUGUUAGGAUAUGCAAACAGCAUUAGGACUAUUGAUGGCGGAACGCACAUCGAUGGUGUAAAAGCUUCAUUAACAAGAACACUCAACAGCCUAGCGAAAAAGUCGAAGAUCGUCAAGGACAAGGAUGUUAGUUUAAGUGGCGAGCAUGUCAGGGAGGGACUGACCUGUGUGGUAUCUGUUAAAGUUCCAAAUCCCGAGUUUGAAGGACAAACUAAGACUAGACUGGGAAAUCCAGAGGUGAGGAAGGUUGUUGAUCAAAUCAUACAAGAAUAUCUUACUGAAUACCUGGAGUUGCAUCCGGAUGUCCUUGAUGCGAUCCUUUCCAAGUCCCUUAAUGCUCUUAAGGCUGCUCUAGCUGCAAAGAGAGCUAGGGAAUUGGUGAGGCAGAAGAGUGUUUUGAAAUCGUCGUCUCUUCCUGGGAAGCUUGCUGACUGUUCUGCUACUAAUCCUGAAGAAUCUGAGAUAUUCAUUGUUGAGGGUGAUUCAGCUGGUGGAAGUGCUAAACAAGGUCGUGAUCGGAGAUUUCAGGCUAUACUUCCUUUAAGGGGUAAAAUUCUGAACAUAGAAAGACGAGAUGAAGCCGCCAUGUACAAAAAUGAAGAGAUUCAGAACCUUAUUCUUGGCUUGGGCCUGGGAGUGAAGGGUGAGGAUUUUCAAAAGGACUCCCUUAGAUAUCACAAAAUCAUAAUAUUAACAGAUGCUGAUGUCGAUGGUGCUCACAUAAGGACAUUACUAUUAACCUUCUUCUUUAGGUAUCAGAGAGCUUUGUUCGACGAAGGGUGCAUUUAUGUUGGUGUUCCACCUUUAUAUAAGGUUGAAAGGGGGAAGCAAGCAUACUAUUGUUACGAUGAUGCGGAACUUAAAAAGCUUCGGAAAACCUUCCCUGCAAAUGCAUCAUACAAUAUCCAGAGGUUUAAAGGUUUGGGGGAGAUGAUGCCGGCGCAGCUAUGGGAAACAACAAUGAAUCCGGAGACUAGACUUUUGAAGCAGUUAAGAGUGGAGGAUGUUGCCGAAGCCAAUGUAGUUUUUUCUUCUCUUAUGGGAACCCGGGUUGAUGUAAGGAAAGAACUGAUCCAGAAGGCUGCCAAUGUGGUGAAGCUCGACCAACUCGACAUAUAAGAGCUUUACUCAGCUGGCAACAGAGAUGCUCUUUACCUCUGGUAAUUUUUCAACAAAAAAUUCAGGUAUUUCUAUUUCUAUCUCUAUCUCUAUCUAGAAGGUCCAAAUAGUUUUCUUCUAUACUGUUAGAGGAAUCGGGUUUUAGAUUAACUCAAGUUUCUGUAUCUAUUCUAUUCGAUGCCAACUUACCUGAUUUUUUAUGGAAUCGUUACAUAAAUCCCACAACUUGUCCUACUGAAAACCAAACUAACUAGGAAAAAAAAACAAGUAGAGGCUUGCUUAUUUGCUGUAACUUCUCAUAAACUGCAGCAAUGGUUCUUCCACAAAGUAGCCAGCUGUUGUUUCAAAAUUACAUCCAUCAUCUAAGUUCAAAUGUUUUGAAAAUUUACAAUUUCUUUUGUAAUCUACCUAUAUAUAUAUACUCCUUCCAUCAGGUUAAACUAGCUUUUUUGCUGUCCCGUAAGGGAUGACUCAGUGGUGUAAGGGUUGAACUUGUGACCGCGUUCUCGCGUCAUCCAAGAAAAAAAAACUAACUUUUUUGCUUGUGAUACAAAAAUUUUUAAAAAAUAUAUUUUAUUAAAAAAUAACAAAAUUAAAGAGAUAUUUAUAGACUUUAUACAAAAAGAUAAAGUUAUAUAAUAGCAACCAAGAGUAAGAUAUGCAAAAGUAAUAAAAUAGAGAAAGUACAAAAGUUUGUCAUUUUUUACAUAUGAGAAAGUUUUGUUGUUUCCAAUAGGUAAAGACUCGGGUGUCGAAUUUUGAAUCUAUAAUUUCAUGGUUAUGAAUCCUUUGUUAUACAAAGUCAUUUCUUACUGAGUUUGUUUACUUUUUAUUUUUGGAUAAAUGUAUAUUUUAUAAUAAUAUUUAUGAGAAAUAGUAUGGUCCCAAAAUAUUAAAUGAACAUCUUUUUCAAUAUAUAAUAUGCUAUUAAAUUUGAUAUAUAUUUGGCAUUUAAAAUAUUUUAUCUUUAUUUACUAGUAUUUGAUAUUUAAAAACGAAAAGUAAAACCACAUCUCAUAUUUCUAUUCAAAAACCAUAUCUAAAACACAUUUUGCAUUCAAAAUUUUAUAUCCAACACAUUUUACAUAUGAUAGAUCACGUUCAAUUUAAUCUUUUACUAUUGAAAAAAAAAAUUAAAAAACCCAUAAUACACAAAUAACAUCACAUUAAAAAAGAAAAAAUGAAAAAGAAGAAAAGGCAUAACUAAUUUACACGCCUUAAAUACACUUAGGGUGUGUUUGUUUGGGGGUUUGGAUUUUGAGUUGGAAUUUGAAUAGUAAAAAUUUUAAAUUUGAAUAGUUGUAUGAUGUGAUAUAAAUAAAUAGGUGUUGACGUGAUGUUUUAAAUGUAAAAUUGAUUUUUAAUCUAAUAUAAAAAAUAAAAAAUAAGUAUUAUUUAAUAUUUUUGGGGAGAAAAUUUUGGAUAAAUAACAGAAUUUUGAUAAAAUCCUACAAACAACACGCCCUUAGUAUUUGGGCCUGUGUUUAUCUUUUGAAAGCCCACAAUAAAACCAUAUAAGAGUAAAAUAUCUCCUGCCCUUCUCCAUUCCUAUUGGAAGAACUGUUGCUCUUUCUAGCUUCAUUUCGAAGCACAGAGACGCGGACCAAAGCGAUUCCUAAGCCCUAGGGAGGCUCAGAUUGAAGGGAAGGGAAGGGGUAGGAAAACAGG